UUACUUACCUUUCCCACGCCCCAUCGCAGCGCCCGAUUGCAUUCGCACCUCGUGCAUUUCUUCACGUGGAUAUUCCAACCCCCAGACCUGCGCCACAUCGUGACAGCCACUAAACGGCGCCUAUAUAAGGGAGCGAUAUCGCAGGACUGGCAGUUAUCGUUCAAGCAACCCAGUUUACCACUUGGACCUUGUGUGUUAAGAGUGAAAACGUCCAAUAUUAAAGUGCGAAGAUGCCUUCAGUGGACCACAACAUAAUGCUAACAUCUUUGAGCGUUGGCUCCGACGACAGUCGUAGCACAUCCCCAGUGACCCCAACUUUCUUCAAAGAAGCCCGUGGGAUGAAACUAUUCCGAGCCAUCAGUAGAAAACUUGGCAAACUCUCCAACGAAAACAUAAGUUUCUUCGAUGAAGACAGCAGAUCUUCAAGCACAGACACCUGCUCCCUCACUUCAAACGAAAGAAGAUGCUCAAGGAGACAAGGUAGAACAUCAUCGCCAAACCACUUAUCCAGCAGUUCCAGCGAGACAGGUAGCGAUUUCCCAAAUCGCCACAGACAUCACCAUUCCAGCUCAGCCGAAAGCAUUCGACAGGUGAUCCAGAAUUUGGAACUGAACACCAGAUCACAAAGCUGCACGAAUUCAAAAGAUUGCAAGAGAAAAGCCGUUAAGAAGACGACGCCAAAGAAAAUACUGAGAUCGCCAGUUGCUUACACUUACGUUAAAGGACUAUCAGGUUUACCGACACAAAGGGUGCCCAAAAGUUGUAUGAGCAACUACAAUACUUGUGGGUGCAACACCUUCUACAUGGGACUUAACCGGUAAUCAAGAUUAUCAAACAAAAAACACGUUCAAUUCAUAGAAUGAUAAGACUGUUAAUUAAUAAUAUAUCUAGUAUAUAUCAAAAUUUGUAUGAAGACUUUUUCAACUUCAACAAUUGUACAUAAAUCAACAUUUUUAUACUGACUAUACCUGAAGGUAUAUGUCCAUUUGUUAUACAUUGUAAGAAUUCACUAUUGUAAAUCUAGAAUUAAGUUCUCAUUAAAAGCACCUGUUCUCGAUUUUCAAAUACCGAGAAAACUCAAUUUUGCAGCUUCUAUCUUCCAGAAACUCAUGAUUUCACGAAUGACUGCACAUCUCUAUAUGAAAUUGAAAUAUUUUAUUAUUGAGGUUUCG